AUGACACACACAGACAUCCUCCUCUCCGGCGCGUUCGCGGCGUUCACGGUCGACCUCCUCGUCUACCCACUGGACACGAUCAAGACCCGCCUCCAAUCCCCGGCGCAUCGGCACCUUCCCUUAUUCGGCGGUUUAUACCAAGGCCUUGGCCCCGUCAUCCUGGCGACGCUCCCCAGCUCCGCCGUCUUCUUCACGACAUACGAGUUCGUGCGCUCGCACCUGCCGCCCGACCGCGUCGCCAGCAACAUGCUCGCCUCGUCUGUCGCCGAGAUCGCCGCUUGCGCGGUUGUGACUCCUGCGGAGGUCGUGAAGCAGAAUGCGCAGGUUGUGCAGAAGGGUGCUGGGGCGGGGGCGGGGGCGGGGAAGGGGGUGGGGAAGGAGGUGGGCGCGGUGCUGCAGGCGUUUAGGGGGAUACGACGCACGAGGGAUCUGUGGACGGGCUAUGUCGCCCUCGUGGCUAGGAAUCUGCCGUACGUGGCGCUGCAGUUCCCCGCGUUCGAGUGGUUGAAGGCUCGCUGGUGUCCGAAGGAUGCGGGGGGGCUAGAGACCGCCGUGUGGAGUGGGGUGGCGGCUGGUAGUGCGGGAGUCGGCGCCGCGUGGGUCACGACGCCGGUCGAUGUCGUCAAGACGAGGAUUAUGCUCGCUGCUGGGGAGGCGGGCGGCGGAACGAAGAUUAGGGGCGUGGUCGCUGAUAUCCUUAGGGAGGAGGGCGUGAGGGGCCUCUGGAGGGGCGCGGGGAUUAGAGCUGCGUGGACCAUGCUGGGCAGUGGGCUGUAUCUGGGCGUGUAUGAGGGGAGUAAGGUGUGGUUGGAGGAGAGGAGGAGGGGGAAGGAGGAGCAGGUGAGGAUUUAG